AUGUCGUUGGAAAUCACUUACUCUCCCUACUCAAUCAUGUCUCAAACUCACCUCCUUACUUUAGACUACAAAGGCGACCACAAGCCUGGCACCAUCCAUGAUACCCAAAACUUCAUCGACAAUGAACUCGUUGACUCCAGAACAACAAGCUGGAUCGAGGUCCAUGACCCCGCAACAAAUGAUGUAGUCUCUCGAGUCCCGGAAACAACUCUCGACGAGUGCAAAGCAGCAGUGAUCUCAGCCCAAAACGCAUUUCCCGGCUGGCGAGACACCAGCAUUAUGAAACGACAGGAAAUGAUCUUCAAGUUGACCAACUUGGUCCGCGAAAACAUGGAUUCCCUAGCAAUUUCCAUCGUCACAGAACAAGGCAAGACCUUCGCCGACGCAAAGGGCGAUGUUCUCCGCGGAUUGCAGGUCUGCGAAACCGCCUGCGGAAUCACCACCCAGCUCCCCGGCGAGGUCCUAGAGGUAGCCAAGGAUAUGGAGACCCUCGUCGCAGCCAUCUGCCCAUUUAACUUCCCCGCCAUGAUCCCUCUUUGGAGUCUACCUAUUGCCAUUGUGACUGGCAACUGCCUGAUUCUAAAGCCGACGGAGCGUGCGCCGGGUGCUUCUAUGAUCAUCGCUGAACUAUGUAAGAAAGCGGGCUUUCCACCGGGUGUUGUGAACGUCAUCCAUGGUUCGAAACCAGCUGUUGAGUUUAUUUUGGACGCACCGGAGAUCAAGGCUAUCUCCUUUGUUGGGUCGAACAAAGUUGGAGAGUAUAUUUACAAUCGUGGUACUGCGAACGGGAAGCGUGUGCAGGCGAAUCUGGGAGCUAAAAACCAUGCGGCCCUUCUGCCGGAUAGUAAUAAGAAGCAUGCUUUAAAUGCCAUCGCCGGUGCUGCAUUUGGAGCGGCCGGUCAGCGUUGCAUGGCGCUGAGCGUCUUGGUUACGGUUGGUAAGGCGCGCGAAUGGCUCCCUGAAUUGAUUGAGAAUGCCAAGGGAUACAAGGCUGGAAGUGGGUUUAACGCGCGAUCUGAUCUGGGUCCGUUAAUCACACCCCAGAGCCGAGAUCGCUGUGUAGACCUCAUCUCUAGUGCGGAGAAGGAGGGUGCUACUAUCGCCUUAGACGGCCGGGGCUAUAAACCUGAGGGUUUCCCUAAUGGAAAUUGGGUCGGUCCGACUAUUAUCACCGGGGUAAAACCCGAAAUGAGAUGUUACCGAGAGGAGAUCUUCGGUCCUGUGUUGCUUUGCAUUGAAGCCGAUACAAUCAACAGUGCGAUCGACCUUAUCAACAGCAACGAAUGGGGCAACGGCGCAGUGAUCUUCACUCAGUCCGGAUCUAGCGCAACACACUUCCAGAAGCGUGUUGAGUCUGGACAGGUUGGAAUUAAUGUCCCCAUCCCCGUUCCCCUUCCUAUGUUCUCCUUCACUGGUAACAAGCGAAGUGUCGCUGGAACGGGACUGCUCAACUUCUACGGGAAAGACGGUCUCCGAUUCUAUACACAGUGGAAGACUGUCACGUCGCUUUGGAGAACUGAAGAUGCUACUGAGCUUGAGAAGCCAACCUCGAUGACUUGA